AUGCCACCACCAAGCAAAGCCGAUAAGAAGGCUACACUUGAUGCAGCUGCAUGGAUGUUCAAUGUAGUCACUUCAGUUGGGAUCAUAAUUGUUAAUAAGGCCUUAAUGGCUACUUAUGGCUUCAGCUUUGCUACAACAUUGACUGGUUUGCAUUUUGCUACCACAACCUUGAUGACGGCUGUUCUAAGGUGGUUGGGUUACAUCCAACCUUCUCAUCUACCUUUACCAGAGCUUCUAAAGUUUAUCAUAUUUGCAAAUUUUUCUAUAGUAGGAAUGAAUGUCAGCUUAAUGUGGAAUUCAGUGGGAUUUUAUCAGAUUGCGAAGCUGACUAUGAUCCCUGUAUCGUGCUUAUUGGAAGUUGUGUUUGACAAGAUUCGAUAUUCGAGAGAUACAAAGCUUAGCAUCUUAAUCGUACUCCUUGGUGUUGCUGUCUGCACAGUUACUGAUGUGAGUGUUAAUGCCAAGGGCUUCAUUGCUGCUCUUAUUGCAGUUUGGAGUACAGCACUGCAACAGUAUUAUGUUCAUUUUCUUCAGAGAAAGUAUUCUCUUACGUCAUUCAAUCUACUGGGUCACACUGCACCAGCUCAGGCUGCAUCACUAUUGUUGUUAGGCCCAUUUCUUGACUAUUGGUUGACAAACAAGAGAAUUGACGCCUUUGACUUCCAUCUGCAGUCCUUGAUCUGGAAUAGAAGGGAGGGAUGGCGGCCGAAGGCGACCGCCGGCCGGCGUCGCACCGCCACCGAGGAAGGCAAUCGAUUCAGAAGAGAGAGGCGUUGUCGGGCUUCUUUUUUUCGCGAGAGGAAGAAAGGAGAGAACGGUUGUAUUCUAAUGUUGCCAUACACCUUACUUCACUAG